CAUGGGAGAACAGCAGGUCUGAGCCCAGCUCCACCCACAGGGCGGAGCCUCAGGGCCUAUAUGCGUGUGAGUGUGUGGUUCCUGGUGCAGUCGUCUGUUUCCUGCACCAUGGCCCACAGCUCAGCUCCACCAGCGUAUCAGGAAAAGCUGGUCAUCGUUCUGCUUGGAGAGGACACCCAGCUGAAGUCCCUGAUUCCACGCCUCCUGUGUGGAUCCGCUGAUUCCGUGGCGACGGAGAACAGCCUCGCGGUGACGGACGGCGGCGCCUUCAAAGUCAUCAGCAUGCCCGACUUCAGCGGCGUCCACCCGGGCCCGUCCGUCACCGACUGCAUGGCGCUGUCCCAGCCCGGCCCCCACCUGUUCAUACUGGCCGUCGACUCCCACCGCGUCCACCCCAAAAAGGCCGAGGACGACGUCGACGCGCUCCGGAAGCAUUUCGGAGACGACGUCAUCAAACACCUGGUGGUGAUGGUGAAGGACAUGGACAGCUACCAGGCGCUCAGCCCUCUGGAGGACAGGCUGGGCUUCAGGUUAGCCACGGCUAGCGAGAACAUGCAGAGGCAGUGUAAGGAGUGGAGUACAGGCCCCGCCUACAACUACCAACAGUCCAUGAAACUGUUACUGAGCCAGAGAAGAAAGGUCCUGGAGACGCAGAUGAGAGACCAACCACAUCCUGCAGCUCAGCGCCCAAGCACAGAUACAAAGACACAGAGUGGUCCCAGUUCAUCCCAGACAGACGUGGAUCCUCCUGAACCUGCACCUGAACGCACCGCCGACGGCGAAGUGGCCGGUGGUCCCGCCUCCUCCCAGACUGCAGAUGGACCUGAACAAUCAGCACCUGAAUGCACCACAGAUGUGAAACCUGCAGGACAGUCGGACAACGUCUUCAGCAUGGUCCUGGUGGGACAGACGGCCAGCGGAAAGAGCGCCUCGGCCAACACCAUCCUGUCCACGCUGUCCUACUACAAACUGUACAAACAUCGCUUUAAGUCCGAGCUCAAGUCGGUGCCGGUGACCACCAGGUGCGAGGCGGUGACGCUGAAGGCCUUCGGAGUCAAAAUACGAAUAGUCGACACCCCGGACUUUUUUCACGACCAAGUGGAGAACGGCGAGGCCGAGCUGGAGGCGUGUCGGAGGUACUGUCAUCCAGAGCGCUGCGUGGUGCUGUUGGUGAUGCGGGCCGGACGCUUCACCGACGGAGAGAGGACGUUAUUAGAAGAGCUGGAGGAGAAGAUGGGCUGGAGGGUCCGAGACAAAACCGUCAUCCUGUUGACGCACGGAGACGACCUGCCGGCAGACUGCGACCAGGACCAGUACGUCAACGGACAGAAGGAGCUGAGGGACCUGGUGUUCAAGUGUAGCGACCGCUGCGUCGUGUUCAAGAACACCAGUAAAAACCCACAGCAGGUCAUGGAGCUCAUCACCAAAAUCCCAGAUUAUAAAAAGAUUUUCCCAAAACUCACAAACGCAAUAUCGAAAAGUCCUUUAUUAUUUAUGAUGGCGACUCCGUUCUGACUUAUCGAUACUUGUUGAUCAGAUUGUGAGCGUCGUCCUGACGUUCACAGCGUAUUUGACGUGAUCUGCGUCGUCUUCUUUGGAUGAAAAUGGAUCCAAACUUAUUUCUCCGUAUUCAUUCCUUUGUGACAGUUUUACAUGAAAUUCAUUCAACAGUUUUAAAUGUGGAUGAACAUUUAAAAAUGGUGAUUUUCAUUUUAAUAAAAUGAAGAUUAAACUA